AUGUUUUGUUCAGCAAUUAAACAUUUCUUUAAAUUAACUAUUUCACCAACAAGAUUUCUUGUUACAGAUACUUUUCAAACAGCAUCAAUUAAAAAUAAUAUUCUCUAUGGUAAACCAAUUGCUGAACGUAUAUUGAAUAGAUGUCAAAAUGAAUGUAAAGAAUAUAUAGAAAAAUAUAAUCAUCGUCCAAAACUUGUUGCUAUACUUGUUGGAGGAAAUGAAUCCAGUAAACUUUAUGUACGAAAUAAACAACGUAUCGCCGAACACGUCGGUGUUGAUUUUCAUGUGAUCAAUCAUUUAAUGCAUGUCACACCAUCAAAUUUAAUCGAUACAAUUCAAGAUUUAAAUAAUGAUGAUUCUGUUGAUGGAAUUAUUCUUCAAUUACCAUUACCAUUACAUCUUAUUGAUAAAACUGAACAAUUUAUAGAUGCAAUUCGAUCCGAUAAAGAUGUUGAUGGACAUACAACAUUAAAUAAUUAUUCAUAUCGACAAUCAUCUAGUCCAUUUGUAACUAUACCAGUUGUAGAUGCCGUCAAAGAAAUGUUAUUAGAAAUUGGUGAACCAUUACAAGGAAAAGAUGUUGUUGUUAUUGGACGUUCGAAAUAUGUUGGUACACCAUUAGCACUUAUGCUUAGUCAAUCAAAUAUUACUGCUAAAAGUGAUUUAAUAAGUGGUGCAACUGUAACUAUUUGUCAUCGUCAUACACCUUCAACAAAUUUAACUUGGUAUUGUAAAAAUGCUGAUAUUAUUAUAUCUGCUGUAGGUCGUCCAAAACUUGUUACAUAUCGUAUGGUUAAAGAAGGUGCAAUUGUUAUUGAUGUAGGUAUAUCGAAAAGUUGGACUGAUAAAGCUGUAGUAAGCAAUAAACGAUUUGUUGGUGAUGUUGAUUUUGAUGAAGUAAAACGUAUUGCUCGAUGGGUAACUCCCGUACCGGGUGGUGUUGGUGCCGUGACAGUGGCUUGUUUAAUCUCAAAUUUAUUGAAACUAGCACGACAACGAAAACAAUAA